UGUGUCCUUGCUUAUCGUAAGACGCAUGCAUGCGCUUCGGGUGAGCAUACAGGGCGGCGUUCUAUAGUGGUAACGUGGAAGCGACGCAUCGACGAAGUGCUAGCGCUGAGAAACUUGAGCUCCCUUUUUAAAUUCCAGAGUGUACGUAGAAGAAGGACAAGCGAAAGGAGUGGUCAAGACAAGAUGCUUUCGAAGUACAGGAAGUGCUAUCUCUACCUGGUGAUCGGGGUCCUCUUGGCUUUGUCUCUCCAUUACAUCCCCCCGAGAGUCAUUCCGACCACGCUCCAAGCUGUCGCCAGGGAGGGUGCCUUCCUUACUGAGCCUAAGCUACUUCAAAGCCAAGUCCGGGGCGACUCGGAUCACUCAGUCCAAGAACAGCCAGUAAAUUCAGGCCAAGAACACACAAGCCAAGACCACGGACACUCCAGAAGACUGGAGGUGAUGCCUGUCAUGGGCACCCAGCUCACCAAUGCCUCACGCGCCACGAUACUCGACUGUGCCAAGGGGGAACCUCGAGACAGUAAACCAGCUGCCGGAGAGACACCGGGGCCUCUACACGAGUGUUCGGUGGAGGUGGAGUUGAGUCCGUGCUCGUGCAAGCGGACCAUCACAGUUCGCCUGCCUGAGCCGUGUUUCAGCACCUCCCCUGGGCGUCUCCUGCAACACAUCAAGGACAGUCUCGGGGAGUCAGCGUGCAGUGACAUCGCUACUCUCAGAGGCGCGGGACAAAAGGUCGUGAGCUACUCCGUGGGCGGCCUUAAGUCUGCCGAUUACGUCUUUGGAGCACAGCAGCUAGUGCCACGUGUUGCAGAGAUGUACCCAGGCUGGAUCAUGAGGUUAUACACUGACGCCUCCACCGACCCUUACACUUGGGUGUGUCCCUUCGUCUGCACCAACCCCCACCUGGACGUGUGUGACGCCGCUCAGUUGCCAGGUCUGGGUAACGUGAGCCGCUCCCACCCAAGGAUGUGGAGGUUUGCCACAAUGGGGGACCCACUGGUGCGUCUGUACUUGAUGCGUGACGCGGACGCGCCCUUGGUGCAGCGUGAGGUGGACGCCGUGAACCACUGGCUCCAGGCAGGCACGUGCUACCAUGUGAUGCGGGAUCAUCCUUACCACGGGGUCUCCAUGCUGGCGGGGAUGUGGGGAGGCUGCCUGGACAAAUGGAAUCCGAAAGAGAAUGUGUUGAGGACCCGUGCCAUAUCACUCUGUAGCACCUCCACUAAAGUUAAUGACCAGGCUGUCUUAUGGAGGGAGCUGUGGCCCGUGGCUCGCCGUAACGCAACAGUUCAUGACGCUUACACCUGCAGGAGCUUCCCAGGUUCCCUGCCCUUCCCGUCACGGAGGUUCAAUUUCACUUUUGUAGGAAUGAGGUUGUACAGGAAACGUUACAGGAAUGAUAAGGUCCCAAAGAGAUGUCCCGCGGCCUGUAGGCCCAAGGAACACCAGGAUUGGCUGUAUUGCUGAUGGUCACCCAGGUCACCACCAGCAUGUGCAGACGACCAGCCCUGAUCAACAGACCUUUCUUUUGGGACUGGUUCAUUAGUAGACACACUCGACAGGCAAAGCAGCAAAAUGCCCGAGUCUGUGUUUAGCAAAACCAGCAGGCAGCACCUGCUCACUUGAGCCAGGCAUUGGAGCUACAAAGCUGUCAAGACAUCUCCUCCAUUUAGCUGUUGAUUCCGUGAUGUUUUCUUGUUUACCUUUAUACAAACAGCCAUAAUCAUCUUACACAACACUGCUUUCUUCUCAGUAGCACUUGGCACCGUGUUUAUCGUGCCACUCUCGGCAUUGCUGUUUGUAAGAGUGUGGGGUUUGUUUUGCCCCAAUUUAUAGCAAAGUAUUAAACAAACCUUAACUUUUCAGAUCAUAUCUGAUCACUAUGGCAACAUUAUGUUUAUUAUAUUGUCACCAUUGACAAUUUCAUGGCACAGAUAAAUAAAUAUG